CCGAAAUAUGGAUUAAAUGGGCACGCAGGCGCACUGUAUGCAACCCGCACAGCUCAGCUGCGGCAGCUGCAUUCGCCUCCAUGGAUCACUGCGUGUGAAAAUUGUUUUCAACCACCACGGAGUCUGCGGUGCAAAAGGUCUUUGACCUCUUGUGAACCCCAUAGCAAUGAGUUCCGGAUACCCAAGGACGUCCACCAGGCUACCCAUUCAGGACAUUGAACUGAACCUGGAUCUUAUCGAAACGAUUCGCGCAGACACAUCCAACUGCUCCUCGCCUGUCCGAACCACAAUGCUCGGCAGCUCGUGGGUCUUUCAUCAGCAAAAUAGGGACCACCUGACACCGCCGACCACCCCCAGUCCUGACGACUUUCUGCCACACCCCAUCAAAAUGAACGGCAUAGGACACUGCGCCCUGCACACGCCCCUGCCGCCGCCCCCAAAGCCCCCUCUGAAGGGUAUCCCUGAGAAGGCGUCGUUCCUCCGGCUGCAGCAGGGCCGGCAGAAGCUGAUUGUCGGUUCAGUCAUCUUCCUGUGCCUGGCCCUGUUCCUCGGGGUCGGACUGCCCCUGGCCCUGGACCUGCGGGCGUCGCGGCUGCUCGAGGCGCGUCUGCAGGUCGUGCAGCGCAUCCUGAGCGACGCGCCCCUCGUCGACGGCCACAACGACCUGGCGUGGAACCUGCGGCGCCGACGCCAGAACAAACUCUUUGACUUCAAGUUCAACUCGGACCUCAAGGGGGACCCUGCCUGGAACGGCGGCGGCUCCUGGUCGCAGACCGACCUCAACAGGAUGCAGAAAGGACUGGUUUCAGCCCAGUUUUGGUCAGCGUAUGCUCCAUGUGGGUCUCAAUACUUGGACUCGGUUCAGCUCACAUUGGAGCAAAUAGACGUCAUAAUAAGACUGGUUGAAAAAUAUCCGAAGCAGAUGCAGCUGGCCACUUCUGCUGAAGAAAUCGAAAAUGCACAUCGCGUGGGAAAGAUCGCCAGUCUGAUCGGGGUGGAGGGCGGCCACUCUUUGGGCAGCUCGUUGGCCAUCCUGCGCAUCCUUUACCAAUUGGGCGCCCGAUACCUCACCCUGACGCACGCCUGCAAUACCCCCUGGGCUGAUUCAUCGCUGGUAGACGAGGCUACUCUCGGACAUAAAACGCUUAUCCAGGACGAAGAUGAGCCACCACUCAUGCCUGUUUCUGAGCAUGAUGGACUCUCCGAUUUUGGAAAGCUAGUCGUUCAAGAGAUGAAUCGGUUGGGCAUGAUGGUCGAUUUGUCGCACGUCUCUGUCAGGACGAUGGAGGCAGCCAUGCGAGUGACAAAAGCGCCCGUGAUCUUCUCGCACUCCGGGGCUCAGGCGAUUUGCAACUCGACGCGCAACGUUCCCGACUCCAUUCUCAGCAAAUUGUCCUCAAACGGCGGAAUCGUCAUGGUGAGUUUUUUCAACCAGUUUCUCAACUGCAGAGAAAAGGCCUCGCUUAGAGAUGUCAUUGCCCAUAUCAACCAUAUACGAAACAUGGCAGGCGUGAAUCACGUUGGCCUGGGAGCAGGAUUCGACGGAAUAACUCAAGUGCCAGAGGGUUUGGAAGACGUGUCGAAGUAUCCAAUGCUGCUGGCAGAAUUGGCACGCGACCGGCGCUGGAGCGCAGAUGACAUCAAGAAACUGGCCGGGGGCAAUCUCGUCAGAGUAAUGAAAGAGACGGAGCGAAUCCGAAAUGACAUGGAAAGAGCGAAAAUCGCGCCACAUGAAGAGUGGAUUUCAAUGGAGGAUUUGGACGAGAAGACGUACUGUAGGUUUCCAGGAAUAUAAACUUUGAAAUAAUACCAAAAACUGCUUUUUUUUAGAAGUGAGAAAUUCGUGAAUAAUUUUAAUUUUCGGGGUAAAUAUUUCACUCUUCUAAAUUUUUACGAACAUGAAAGAGGAAAUUCGUAGAUUUUACAGAAGAAAAAGUUAAUAUUAUUAUUAUUAUAUAUUUUAUUAUUAUUUUUGUAGCAGAAUAUCACGAUCAAGGGCAAUCAAAAGGGGUGAUUCGUGGUGAUUUGGAAUAAAAAAGAAAAAAAGCAUUGAAAAUUAUCCCCAUUCGGUCAUCACUGUUCAUACCUAUCAAUGUACCUAUCAAUUGGACCUAAUUUUAUUUUGAGAUAUAAUGUCAGGAAAUUAAAAUUCUAAAUGAAAAAACGCACGCUUAUAAUUUUUGUAUUUUUUUGUUCAUAAAAUUGUCUAUGAAUUUAUUUAAACGAGCUUCACUUUGACAAAAAUCGACAAAAUAAAUUUUUUUGUAAAAAUAAAAAUUAAAAUAAUAUUUUAUGGUUUAUGCGUUGAAAAAUAAAAUAA